AUGCCCCUCUACGAGGGGAUCGCCAUGGGCGUGCUCGUUCAGCCCAUGGCGUCGCGCGCCGCCAGCGCGGUCUAUGCCUUCAUCGCGUUCUCUAAGGACGUUGUGGCUGGCGACGAGGGCAGCAUCUAUAUCGAGGUCUGCAUCGGCCUUGGGGAGACGCUGGCCUCAGCGAGUGAGCCUGGAACGCCAUACCGCCUGGUGGUGCAAAAGGAGCCGCCGAACAAGGUCAGCGUCCGCUCCCUGGCCAGCUUCUCCCACGCCCUGCACGACGCUCCCGGCGGGCCUCGCCGCGUCCGUGUGGACUAUUCCGAGGAUCGCCUGAGCACUGAUCUCGCCUUCCUGGAGGGGCUGGGUCGGGACGUGGCGGCGGUCGCUGCCAAGGUCGAGCAGGGCUACGGCGUACCGAUGGACAUGGAGGGACUCGUCCUCGAGGAUUGGCGGCGGCGGGCGAGAGGUGCACCUCGUGCAGGCCCGCCCCAUCGUGGAGGGCUAGUGCGCCCGGUGCCGCUGGGGUCGUGCACGCGGGUACCUCGGCGAGAGCGCCGCUGCCGCCGACCAGCGCCGCAACAGUCAGGCCUUUGGCUAGCGCCACCACGGUACCCUUGA